UCCACCCUAUUUAACCAUCAUCCCCUCCACCACUUUCUCUCUCAUCCCUCUCUCUCUCUCUCUAACCAUGCCGCCCACAGACCACCACACCUCCUUCCUCAACCGCAUCAGCAUCCGCCGCAACCAAGUAGUCUCCAUGGACGUCAACCACGAGCAACACCUUGAACAACUUGAACUAUUCCAAAAACACGUCUCCGAUCGCUUCAUUCAACUCUUACCACCUCAAUCUCCGGAACCCGAUACCGAUACCGAAACAGUUCUAUCCAUAUCAUGGUUUCGUAAACUUCUUGAUGUGUAUUUAUGCUGUGAGAGUGAAUUCAAGGCGGUGUUGAUCAUUGGAAGGGAUGCUAGUCAUUUUGCUAAGCCGCCACUGGACCGGUUGUUGCCGGAUCAUUUGGACCGGACGGUUAAGGCUUUGGAUAUAUGUAAUGCGGUUACUCAUGGGAUUGAGGUGGUUAGGCAUUGGCUGAGGCUGGCUCAGAUUGCUGUGGAGGCUUUGGAGCAACGGCCCAUUGUUGAAGGGCAUGUUAAGAGGGCGAAAAGAGCGUUGAAUACGCUGUUGGCGGCCAUGGUGGUGGAUGAUAAGGACCCGAAUGUGACGGGUGGGAAGUUGGCCGAACGGAUGUGGUCGAUUAGUCGCCGUGGGGGUGGUGGUGGUGUGGCUCCUCCUCCGGCUGUUAAUCAUACCCGGAAAAUAAGUGUUUCAAGAUCAUUAUCUUCUAGUUUUUCCAAGUCAUGGUCUGCCUCUAAGCAACUCCAAGCAAUGUCUACAAACCUUGUGGCUCCACGUGGCGGAGACCCGACCGGGUUGUCCCAACCAGUAUACCUAAUGAGUUCAGUUUUGGUUUUUGUUAUGUGGACAUUGGUUACCGCGGUCCCAUGCCAAGAACGCGUAGGACCAGGGGCACAUUUCCAACUCCCCAGGCAUCUCGUGUGGACCAACCCGAUGAUUUUAUUGCAAGAGAAGAUCGGCGAAGAGUGGAAAAAGAAGGAGAAGAGAGGGACCGCGGGGUUACUGGCAGAAGUUCAAGUGAUUGAGAAGGUUGCUCAGAGUCUUGUUGAGUUUGCGGAGGGGUUUGAGUUUCCGGUGGGCGUGGAGAAGGCGGAUGAAGUGACGGCACAAGUGACCGAGUUGUCGGAUAUAUGUCGUAAACUCGAGGUAGGGUUAGGGCCGUUGCAAUUGCAAGUUAGGGAGUUGUUUCAUAGGAUGGUGAGAAGCAGGGCUGAAGUGCUUGAUGUUAUGGAUGUAGUUGGUAAAAUUAACACCAAUAUUCCUUACUAAAACUAAAAGAUGUUUUCACAUGGCUGUACAUUUGCGUUUCUAGUACAUACAGUGUUUUUUUUUUA